AUGGGGGGUGCCCUGGGCCUGAAGCGCGGCAACCGCACACCUGCGGCAGAGGCCAACUUCGCCGAGGAUCCCAAGGCCGCGCAGACGGUGCUCACGGCCGGCAUCGAGCGCGUCGUGCUGGCGGGGCUCGACGUGACGCACCAGACCGACGUGCACGUCCUGCGGGAGGCCUGCCGCUCGCUGGGGUCGCCGCUGGCGGGCUUCGUGUGGGACGUCUGCGAGCACUACAUCCGAACGUACCAGGACGACUUCGGGGAAUCCCAUGGGCCUGCCCACGACCUCGUGCCCGUCAUGUACCUGCUCUGCCCAGACCUGUUCGCCUCGACGCGGGUGCGGGUCGACGUCGAGACCGAGGGGCGGCUCACGAGCGGCAUGUCCAUAGCGGACUGGCAGGGCAGGUGCGGCCUCCCUGCCAACUGCGAGGUCCUCCGGGAGGUCACCAAGAGGGAGGCCUUCGCAGUCGCCUUUGCGGCCGCCGUGCACCGACUGCCCCUCGCGGCAGCGCUGGAUGCAGGCGCGCCAGUUGCGAAGCGGGCGCGGCCUUGA